GCUCUCGCUCCAUUUUAAUCGGACAAUUUGUGUUGAUUAAAAGUUUACUGUUAAUUUCUUGAUGAUAAGCUAUUAUCCGAAGGUUCCUAAUUGAUGCGUACAGCGAUAAGUAGUAUUGUUGAGUCACACAUCAUAAAAACCAAGGUGGUACUACGACUUGUUAGAAGGUGGUUUCACUAACUUCAUUUGAAACUUUAAAAGUUAUAAUGGAUCGAAUAAACGAGAAGGAUGAAGAAUUAGAAGAAGUUGACCAAUCAACUUCUAAACCUUCGUCGCCCAACGGGAACAACACAAUUGACGUGCCCCACGACGAUUAUAUCUCUGAACACGAAGUGAUUGAAGAUGCUGUGCGAAAGUUUCUCGCCCCUCUGAAAAAAUCAAUUCUUGAAGCCAAUGCAAAAUUGGGUAAGCCGUUGGCCAUGAGGUCACGUGGGGACGUACCGGUCUCUUUACUCCAGUCAUUGUGCCAUUUCAUCUGGGACAUCAAUCUCAUCUACACAAAUCCUGCCUAUUUGAACCGACUCUACUUCCAACUCUCUCUGACUUUCAAAAUGACGGCGGGACAAUCCGACCUGAAUGAUCUAUAUGAUUACAAACCGGCCGAACUUGUCGCGAACAAGGUGUCACAACUCUUCAUUUUGUUGGUCCUCCCAAAUCCACCUCUAUUUUUGGAAGAACUUAGAAACUUUGCCGCAAUUUUGGAGGAUGUCCGCAUAGCUCGGGAUGUUUUGGCCAAAAGUGCGUACACUUUUCUAUUUGGCGUUUUCCGCCAGUUGUACGUCGUCCUGGCCGACGUGGAUGAAGAAUACCAAGACAUCGUUAAUGUGGCACCCCACCAUGACUAUACUAUGAUGACCACACAUUUCGACGACUUGGUAACCAAUUGCCAGUUCACAGUACAUGGAUUGAGCUGCAUUUUCAUUAAAUUGUUUAAAUUCAAGCCGCUGGAGAAAAUUAGGAGGAUGCAACGGGUGGUCCAAUUUGAGAACAGCUCUGCCGAGUGGUGCCUCGCUCUCGCGGAGAUUAUGCGGCUUCGUCGCCGUGAGGCCAGUGCUCGAAAUAAAUGGCCGAAUGCGGAAGAAAUUACAAACCUGCAGAAAGCAGUGUCCAUCUCGCCAGAUAAUCUAUUUGCCCGUCUCGCCGUGUUGGAUACGAUUAUUGGGAGUGUGCGUGACUCCAGCGGCCGAUUUACUUGUGGAGACAUACAUCUGGAUAAUUUGGACGAUUCGAUGAAAUAUUUGAUUGAUCAUAGUUGGAAACUAACUACGGAUUUUCCCGACAAUGUCACCAUCCUUUCAACCAUUUCGGAUUAUUUUGCACGCUACGUCCCACACUUGUUCUUCGAUGCAGAGCGUUCCCUUAAUCUUUUGCAAUCUGCAAAUGCGCUGAAUCCGUCAAAUCCAAAGACUGCCCAUCGUUUUGGAAUCUUGUACCGAAUGUCUUUCGGAAACUUAGACGAUUCGCUGAUCUGGCUGUCAAGAGCGAUUCAACUCGACCCCACCAACUUCAAAGCGACGAUCGAAUAUUAUAAAACUCUUCUCGGUAAAAUCAACGAAUAUCCCGAUGUGGCUAUCAUGAUGGAGACGACACUUGAAGAUACUUCCAUCUCAGAUGGUUGGAAUGACUAUGAAAUGAUGGAUUUUCUCUUCUUGCUUGGAAUUGCUCACUUCAUGAAAGGAGACAAGGAAGAGACGCUGGAAGUCUGGGAAAAAUGUGCAGGCUUUGGCGAGACUGUAUUUUCUUUAGAGGAUGUUUUGACCGCGAUGGAACAUUUCCAAUGGCCAAAGAAAUUGGUGGACGUUGACAAAAUAAAACUUUGGAUUCAAGCAGAGCAAACUACCCUUAAGAAAGAGUUGCAGACUGAAAAUCCUCCCGAAAAUCUCGAGAAACGAAAAGUUUUCAUUGACCGAUUGUUUGAGCUGAUGUUGGGCUAUCAAGCGCCAAAACGGCCCGCGCCCAAACUGUUUUUCGAGAGAAAAUUUCCAGCAAAUUUGCAUGGAUUGUUUUCGUUUGAUCCAUGAAACAGCCAAAGCAGUCUCAAAAUGUUUCUUUGUCAUACCUUCAUGAUUUCAUCGAGUAUGAAGUCGAUAAAUCAACAAAAAAUUGCACAAACGACAAAUAUUUCAAUUCUACAUUUCCUACUAUUAUUAUAUUGAUUAAUACUUAUUAAUUAACAGUUUAAAACAAUUGUAACUCUUUCGGAGAGUAAAUUGUUACUUAAUUUAGGGUUUAAUGUUUAGUGUAAUAAUGGCUUUCGUAUUUUUGUAAACUUUCAAAACCAACAAAAUAUGCUGUUUAUAAAGGUUACUCUCUUUUAUGUAACAUACAUUUUUGCAUCACAUAAAUCCCAUUAUUGUUACUAACAUUGAUGGUUUAGUGACAAACUUGCCUGAUAACAAAUAAUUGUGGUUAAAAAUAAAACUGCAGGUGAAAAAAUAA